UUUCGUCCCCUUGCUGCACCGGAUCACCGGCGUGCCCUCCCCCCCCACCACCACCACCAUGUCAGACGCGACUGUGGACACCAGCUCCGAGAUCACCACCAAGGACUUGAAGGAGAAGAAGGAAGUUGUGGAGGAGACGGAGAAUGGAAGAGACGCUCCUGCCAACGGGAGUGCAGCUAAUGAGGAAAAUGGGGAGCAAGAGGCUGAUAAUGAGGUAGAUGAAGAAGAAGAAGAAGGUGGGGAGGAAGAGGAGGAGGAGGAAGAAGGUGAUAGUGAGGAGGAGGAUGGAGAUGAAGAUGAGGAGGCCGAUGCAACUACAGGCAAAUGGGCAGCUGAAGAUGAUGAGGAUGAUGAUGUUGAUACCAAAAAGCAGAAGACUGAUGAGGAUGACUAGACAGCAAAAAAGGAAAAAUUAACUCAAAAAAGGCCGCCGUGACCUAUUCACCCUCCACUUCCCGUUUCAGAAUGUAAACGUGGUCACCUUCGAGUAGAGAGGCCCGCCGCCCACUGCGGGCAGCAUCACCAAGCUCUCCACCACCCACCAAAACCACAACGAGAAUUUGCAACAGGGGAGGAAAAUACCAAAACUUCCAAGGCCCUGCUUUUUUUCUUAAAAGUACUUUAAA